AUGGCCCAAUCCACCGGUCCCAACAAUAAUGACAAAAACCAACGCAUCCUCCCAACGUACGAGCUCCUCUACCACCCCUCCAUCCCCGGACGCGGCGAAUUCAUCCGCCUCGCGCUCGAAGCCACGCGAACCCCCUACCGGGACAUCGCCAACGAGGAGAUCGAGACAGGCUACAGCGCCGUCCGAAAAAUCUGCAUGAACCCCGACAAUCUCGAAAGCGAGGCCGGCAAUCCUCCCGUGUUCGCGCCUCCGGCUCUGAGAAUUUCCUCCGGGCAGGGUGGCGGGGCCCCGUUGGUGAUUUCGCAGACGGGGAAUAUUUUGAUGUUUCUUGGGGAGAAGAUUGGGUUGGGCGGUGGUGGUGGUGGUGGUGGUGGUGGUGGUGGUGGUGGUGAGGGGGGUGAAGGGGCGCACCAGAAGUGGUAUGUGCAUCAGAUCACCAUGACGGCUUUGGAUCUGAGCAAUGAGGUUCAUGAUUCGCAUCAUCCGAUUGCGGUGAGGUAAGUGAGAGUUGAAAUCCAACCCAAUUUCUUUUUUUUGGUUUUUUAGUGGCUCCCUCCCGCGGAGGAACGUCGUUCGCUGAUAUUCUUUGUUAAUUUGCUAGGAAAUACUACGAAGACCAAAAGCCCGCCGCCCUGGAAAAGGCCACGGAUCUCCGCGAGACCCGCAUCCCGAAAUUCCUCUCCUACUUCGAACGCCAACUGAAAUGGAACCGGGCGAAAUCGGGCCAUGGGAAGUAUUUGGUAGGCUCGCGGCUGACGUAUGCGGAUACGACGGUCUGGCAAGUUCUGGAUGGAAUCCUGUACGCUUUCCCCAGGGAGAUGGAAGUUCGACGGAAGGAAUUUCCGGAUCUGUUCGAGUUUUAUGAGGGGUUGAAGGAGGAGGAGGAGGGGCUGAAGGAGUAUUUGGGGAGUGAGAGGCGGUUGAAGUAUAGUAUGGGGCUGUUUAGGCGUUAUCCGGAGUUGGAUCGGCAGUAG